AACCAGAGUUUCGACUCAACAACUGAAGAGGAAUAUGCUUCCCAGUCUAAGUUACUUCAGGAGUUUGUUGGGAUCUCCAGCAUUGACAAGGCAUGGAUUUUCAAGUCUGAUAGUGGCUCCCAGGCAAUGUUUUCUAUUAGUCAACCAAAUCUCUUAGCAAACAAAAGGAGAAAAUUUAUGUUAUCCAGUAACAUCUCAAAAGAAAGUAGUGGUUCUGUAAAUUUUCAAUGGGCUCCAUUCCCUGUUGAGAUGACUGGUAUCUCGGCUAUCAUUCCAUCUCCAUCAGGUUCAAAGCUUCUUGUAGUUCGAAAUCCUGAAAAUGAAUCUCCCACCCAAUUUGAAAUAUGGGGUCCAUCUCAGUUGGAGAAAGAGUUCCUGAUCCCUCACUCUGUUCAUGGCUCAGUAUAUGUUGAUGGAUGGUUUGAGGGGAUUUCCUGGAAUUGUGAUGAAAGUUUUGUUGCUUAUGUUGCUGAGGAACCAUCUUCAUCAAGGCCCACGUUUAACAGUCUUGGUUAUAACAAAGUAGGCUCAACAGAUAAAGACUGUGGUAGCUGGAAAGGUCGAGGUGAUUGGGAGGAGGAGUGGGGGGAAGCCUAUGCGGGAAAAAGGAAGCCUGCAUUAUUUAUCAUCAGGAUUGACAGUGGAGAGGUACGAGCUGUUGAAGGAAUUCCAAAGUCCUUGAGUGUUGGUCAGGUUGUAUGGGCCCCAUCCAUGGAAAGCUCAGAUCAAUAUUUGGUUUUUGUUGCCUGGUCAGCAGAUAAAAGAAAGCUUGGCAUAAAAUACUGCUACAACAGGCCUUGUACAUUAUAUGCUAUUUUGGCUCCACUUCAUAAAUCAGGAGUAAAAGAACUUGAACUCAAAGAUGAUUCAAUUGAAGAAUUCUCUCUUCUCAAUCUGACA